CUGAGGCAGCAGAAGUGUGCUGACUGUAAGGGUACAGCCCUUUCCACUCAUCCCAGGGGCUCCUGUGUCCUCCCUGGGUUAGCCAGGUUAAGCUGCUUCUACAGCUUUCCUGGAGUAAGGGGCCUUGAGCCUCUAUCUGUAUUUCCCCCAGCGCCCUCCUGGCUCAGCUCAGCUCCAUCUUCCUCCUUAACCCCAACGUCAUAACUUAGAAGCCACCAACCCCUGAGGUGUACAGAUGAGGAAACAGGCCUAUGAACAUGUACUGAUUUCACUGAGGUUUCCUAGCAAGUUAUCUACAGGGCUGGAAGUAGAACCUAGGCCUCCUAGCCUCUGUGCACACCUGGCUCCCCCUACCUCCCCUAGCAGCAGCUGCCCCACACUCCUUAAGUGGAUCUGCCAUAAUCCUCUUCCCUUCAUCCCCCAGGGAGGAUGAGCUGGUGUUAAGACUAAUGCAGCCAUUAAUCCUAUUUGCUCCCGGCCAUGAUCCCCAGGAACAGAUGGGUGGAGGAUGUCUGGGUUCUGGAUCAGAAAGUAGGGACCUCAGCUACAGCUGGUAUCCCAGGCCACGUUAGAUCAGAUACAUUGAUUAUGACUCAGAAAGAGGCUUCUGGCUGCUAGCAGUGGCUCAGGCUGCCUUGACAGAGAGUGAGCUCCCCAUUACCAGAGUUAUGGGAGUAGGAGCCCAACAGGGAUUCCAGAACACAGGGUGGACCAGGAUUCCUGUCUGGGGUGGAGUGCCUUACAGCUGUGUAAGGCAAGGAUUCUGUGUAAACAGUUGCUGUCUCUGAGAGCUCACCAACCAGAGAGGAAAAACAGAACGUACAUGCUGGGGACCUAUCACUUCCAGACAGUGCCAACUACCACAUUUAGCCCAUUGGCUCCACCCUCUUCUGGUCCCAAGUCUGUCUUCCCUGGGCACUUGUUGACUUUUUCAGGCCAGGCCCACAUCUGGGUACCCUCUGCAUCUGCAGACCCUUCGUCCUGGCACAGUCCUUGGACACUGAGCUGAAGAAGGAAGAUGAGAAGCCCCGCCCACCAAGGCCAUGGAGGUGGAGGCUGCAGAGGCCCGGUCCCCAGCCCCCGGUUAUAAGCGCUCCGGCCGCCGCUAUAAGUGCCUGUCAUGUACCAAGACAUUUCCAAAUGCGCCCAGGGCAGCGCGCCAUGCUGCCACACACGGGCCUGCAGACUGCACAGAGGAGGUGGCUGAGGUGAAGCCAAAGCUGGACACAGAACCCAAGGCAGAGGAAGCCAGUGGCGACAAGGUGUCAGGUUCAGCCGCUAAGCCUCGGCCCUAUGCGUGCCCGCUGUGCCCCAAGGCCUACAAGACAGCACCCGAGCUGCGCAGCCAUGGGCGCAGCCACACGGGCGAAAAGCCCUUCCCAUGUCCUGAGUGCGGCCGCCACUUCAUGCAACCGGUGUGCCUGCGCGUGCACUUGGCCUCACACGCUGGCGAACUGCCCUUCCGCUGCUCGCACUGCCCCAAGGCCUACGGCGCGCUCUCCAAGCUCAAGAUCCACCAGCGCGGUCACACAGGCGAGCGGCCCUACGCCUGCGCCGACUGCGGCAAGAGCUUCGCUGACCCCUCGGUGUUCCGCAAGCACCGGCGCACACACGCGGGCCUGCGGCCUUACGGCUGCGAGCGCUGCGGCAAGGCCUACGCCGAGCUCAAGGACCUGCGCAACCACGAGCGGUCCCACACAGGUGAGCGGCCCUUCCUCUGCUCCGAGUGUGGGAAGAGCUUCUCCCGCUCGUCCUCACUCACGUGCCACCAGCGGAUCCACGCGGCGCAGAAACCCUACCGCUGCCCGGCCUGUGGCAAGGGCUUCACGCAGCUCAGCUCCUACCAGAGCCACGAGCGCACGCACUCCGGCGAGAAGCCCUUCCUGUGCCCGCGCUGCGGCCGCAUGUUCUCCGACCCGUCGAGCUUCCGGCGCCACCAGCGGGCGCACGAGGGCGUGAAGCCCUACCGCUGCGAGAAGUGCGGCAAGGACUUCCGGCAGCCGGCGGACCUGGCCAUGCACCGGCGCGUGCACACCGGCGACCGGCCGUUCAAGUGCCUGCAGUGUGACAAGACGUUUGUGGCGUCUUGGGACCUCAAGCGGCACGCGUUGGUGCACUCGGGCCAGCGGCCCUUCCGCUGUGAGGAGUGCGGGCGGGCCUUCGCCGAGCGAGCCAGUCUCACGAAGCACAGCCGGGUGCACUCGGGUGAGCGCCCCUUCCACUGCAACGCCUGUGGAAAAUCCUUCGUGGUAUCCUCGAGCCUGAGGAAGCACGAGCGGACCCAUCGAAGCAGUGAGGCCGCAGGGGCUCCCCCACAGCAGGAGCUGGUAGUGGGGUUGGCGCUGCCCGUGGGCGUGGCGGGUGAGGGCUCCGCCGCCGCGGCAGCCGGGGCCGGGCUGGGGGAACCUCCCGCCGGGCUGCUGGGGCUGCCCCCGGAGUCUGGCGGGGUGAUGGCUACGCAGUGGCAAGUAGUGGGCAUGACGGUGGAGCACGUGGAGUGCCAGGAGGCUGGUGUGGGGGAGGCUGCUGGUGCCCUGGGAGGGACAGGCGAGGUGGGGGGUGAGGAGGUUGACGAGAAGCCCCCCCAGUUUGUGUGCCGCGAGUGCAAGGAGACCUUCUGCACACUGACGCUGCUGCGGCGGCAUGAGCGCUCACACCCGGAGCUCCGGCCCUUUCCCUGCACCCAGUGCGGAAAGAGCUUCUCAGACCGGGCUGGGCUGCGCAAGCACAGCCGUACCCACAGCUCUGUGCGCCCCUACACCUGCUCCCACUGUCCCAAGGCUUUCUUGAGUGCCAGCGACUUGCGCAAGCAUGAACGCACCCACCCUGUGCCCAUCGGGACCCCCACGCCCCUGGAGCCCCUCGUGGCUUUGCUAGGAAUGCCUGAAGAGGGGCCGGCCUGAAGCCCAUGGCCCCCAGUCCACCACACUUCCAGGAGCCCAGCACCCACGGGGUGCCUCCUGAGCCUCCUUUUGCCCCAGCUCACUCUUAAGACUCCAGAUCCUUGCCCCUGGGCAAGUAGCUCACUUGUUGCCCAGCUAAGAGAGCUGUGGCCGGUGGAAUCUGGCAGCAGCUGUGAGAGACGUGAGGCUCUCUGAGCAGCACUCAUUAAAGCUUUCACUUUGGCA